GUAUCGUUCCCAACAUCGUUAAAGCUGCGCGUACAGUGUAAAAGCAAAACUGGCGACGUGGUGUACAGCGACAGGUAGAUGAGAGAUUGCUUGGUCAGUAGUUCAUUCGAGAAGAGCACGUUGAGCAGUAUAUGCGAGCGGGUGAGGAGACGCCGAUUGGGUUUCUGCAGGGAGUGAUGCGUCAUCGACCCUGGCAAUCCUCAUCCUAGCCACAUCAGCCACAUUUACGACACCUACAAACGAUAGCAACCAUGUCGACAGAAGAGUUGGUUCGAGUCACUGUCCUUGCGAAUCGCAACCCCAAGCUUUCGGAAACUGAAUUCAACGACCACUGGGCAAACAAGCAUGGCCCUCUUAUCACAUCGUGGCUACAGCGUCACGGCAUUGUCAAAUACGUCCAAUAUCAUACUACAUCGAAACAUAAAGCGCUUUUGAAGAUGCCUACACUCUCAUACGAUGGCAUGGCGGACUUUUGGGUGCGAAACUACGAGGAUUUCGAGAAAGCCUAUGAAGAUCCUUUCUACUUGGAGGUCGUGAAGAAAGAUGAGGAAUACCUGUUUGACUUAGAGAGUUUGCGCGUUACUGCAGGUGUAGAGCACUGUGUUAUCGAGGAUGGGAAAGUGGUGCAGGAGCAUGCGCGCAAGAUCUAGUUGUCUCCGCACCUAGUCGCACGUGAGCACGGCAGUCGACCAUGGAAAGAACGUAGUAUGUCGGUAGGUCUCAUGCGCAAAGUUGCGCGUUGUGAAGACCAGCAACUGCAAGCUCAUAGGACCCAAGCUUGCUUCAUAGGCAAUCAGUUACAUGGUACGUAAAGGUAAAGCAAAGCUGUG